UAUUUUCUCUCUCUAAAGUAAACAUUUUUUUUUCUUUUUCUUGGUACCAAAGUUUAUUCUCCUCAUGAUUCUGUUUAUACUUUAUAUCCUUUUAAAAAAAAACAUCACAACUAAUUCCCUUGACUUAGCUUCUCUCAUCUUGUUCGGAUCUCUCUAUGCUCUUUGGUCUGAAACCAACCCUUUCCCCUCACAUAUAUUUAUAUCAUCCACUGUGUCUGAAAAUCCUCGGUGUGGAAGAAAUAAAAUUACUUUUUUAAGUAAAGAAAAUUUCCUUGCUAUGAUAGAUAUGGAUUACGCUCAAAAAAUGCGCAAAUGCCAUGAAUAUGUGGAAGCUUUAGAAGAGGAACGACGUAAAAUCCAAGUCUUUCAACGUGAACUUCCGUUGUGUUUUGAGCUUGUCACCCAAGCUAUUGAGUCAUGCAAGAAAGAGAUGUACAUGCAAGGUCAAUCGGAGUGUUCGGAACAGACAUCGAGUGACAGUCCUGUUUUGGAAGAAUUUAUCCCCAUCAAAAGAAGCUGUAAUUGCUCUGAGGAAGACGAUGAUGAUGAUGAUGAGAAUGUUGCUGCUGCUGAUAAAAAGAAAUCUGAUUGGCUUAGAUCUGUUCAGUUAUGGAAUCCACCCUCCAAAGAGGAUGUGGGCAAAACUGGAAGUGGAGUACAAAUGAAGGGAAAUGGUGGAGCAUUUCAGCCGUUCCAUAAAGAAAAAGGUAAUGUAGAGAAGAAGAGCGUUGAAGCAGUAGGAAAAGGCAAUGCUUCGGCUACAGCAACUACUACUACUACGAGUGCUUCUACGACAGAAAGUGGGAGCAGAGGAAUAGCAGCCGACGAUGGAAAUACUGAUAAAAAAGUAGAGAAAGGGCAGCAGCAGCAGCAGCCGCCUCAGAGAAAGCAAAGGCGGUGUUGGUCGUCGGAGUUGCAUAAACGCUUCUUGCAUGCUCUUCAGCAACUCGGUGGUUCACAUGUGGCUACGCCUAAGCAAAUUAGGGAGCUGAUGAAGGUUGAUGGACUUACAAAUGAUGAAGUUAAAAGCCAUUUACAGAAAUAUAGAUUGCACACAAGGAGACCAUGCCCUAGUAUCAACAGCAAUGGCAACAACCCACAAACACCUCAAUUUGUGGUGGUUGGAGGAAUAUGGGUGCCUCCACAAGAAUAUGCCUCGGUGGCUACAACCGCAGCAGUAUCAGGGGAAACCAGUGUGACUCCGAGUCCGAACAGCGGAGUCUAUGCUCCGGUGGCCGUCCCGUUGCCGACGCUAGCUAAACCAUCAGUGCAAAGACCGCAACGAUCACAAUCUGAAGAUAGAGGUAGUCAUAGUGAAGGGAGAGUUCACUCAAAUUCACCAUCAACAUCUUCCUCUACUCAUACCACAACAGAUCGGUUCCCUGCGUUUUAGUUAUCUUGCUGUACAUUUUUUUCAUUUUUACCUGUAGUAGAAAGUUCUAUAUGAAAAUAACCGAGUUUUUGGCCCUUUUUUUUUUUACAUCUUCUUGCGCUUUGUUCAGUGUAUAUCAGCCUUGUUUAAUAAAAGCAGAGCAUCCUUUUGGGUAAA